GUAAAAUUCGUCACGUACAAUUUUUUUGGUUGUUUCCUAAACUACCCUCCCACCUCUCUCGUCCACUCUCUCGCUCACUCACCCACUCUCUGGCUCGCCGCCGCCGCCGCCGCCUCUCCCUCGCACUCGUCGUGAGCGCCUCUCCGUCGCCCGUGUUGCCGGCGCCUCUCCCUCGCCCGCGUCGCUCUGCCUCUCCUUCUCGCGUCGUCGCCGCCACUCCAUUGGCCCUCUUGCCGUCGCCCCUUCAGGAUCCCAUUUUUACUUUCCGACAGGUGGAUCCGAAGCGCGGUGGCUCGACCUGCAACGCCGGCAGCUGCGGGCUUUAAUCUGGAGCUCCAUGGCGUCCCACAAGUGCGGCGGCCAGAUGGAGCGGAUUCAUUGCUCCUGCGUGCACCGGGCGCUCUGCGGCCUCCUGUUCAUCAGCAGCAACAAGGCCAGCAACGUCUGGAGGGAGGUGCAGGGCAACUUCAUCCCCUUCUGCUGCUGCCAUGUCGAGGACGGUCCAGGAGCCGCUGCUCGUCCUGGCGGUGGACGACAGCCUCGUCGACUGCGUCGUCAUAUCCAGGAUCCUCCGCAGCUCCAAAUACAGAGUGUUUUAGGUGGACACAUUGCUGGAGCCGUGUGGCACUCCUAAUGGUCUCAAGCAUACUCCCGUAAAACAUUUGGAGUACAUUUGUUGGUUGAAGUACCAAGAUAUUGGUGGAACUUCAUUCAAGGAGUAAAACAUUUCCAGUACCAAGAUUGCAGUAAAUUUUGUGGAACUUCACUGCUUGAGACCAUGUUAAUGAUGAUGCUUGUGCAGUACCAAGAUUCAGUAUCAGUAGCCGAGUGUUGGUUGAAGUGACUGUUCAAUUGUUCAGUGUUCGUUUUGUUAUCUUCAUUUCAGAAAUUUAUCUUUCCACUCCUUCUUCCUAUCCUUCAUGUAGAGACUAUACUGCUUUACUUCAGACAAGUUUUCUUUAAAACCAAAUGAAUUAGGACUUGCAUUGUAGUUUAAAGUUUAUGCGCCUAAUUUAAAGUUUAAUUUCCCAGUAGAUUUUGAAUGUCUUUUCUUGGUUCUAUACCAGAAAACACACUACUCCAUUUUCUGGUGAUACUUAUCUGGUGAUCACAAGAUAUAAAUCCACUAUUACCAGUACCAUUAUCUGGUGAUCACAGAACCAUUUGAAAAUGAUCAAAAUGUACUCCUUUUCAGUUAAUAUAGAGUACUGAAACUGAAAAUGUGCAUACUGAAACUGAAACUGAUCAAAUGGAGUACAAAACCAUUUGAAAAUGACCAAGAUGAUCAAAAUGGUCAAAUGGAGUACUCCUCAAUUAACGUAGAGUAGUUACAGUAAUUAUCAUAUCAUCUUGCCCUCUUUAAUUGUCACUCAACUGUCAUGAAUCGAGUGUUGUUUACUCCAACAAUUAUCUUAUUUUUAAUUGUCACUCCUACAAGCAUUUCUUUCUCUUCUCUUUCUGGCUAAUCACUCCACACAAUUUAAAUGAUCAUUCAAGUUCCUUUUGCAAAUUCAAGUUUUGUAAUGAACUGCUUAUAAGAUGGAGUAUGUUCCUUUUGCCUCCCUUGUUAAGCAGUAGUUGUAGAGUACUCCUUUUCGAGAUGUCGCCAAGAGUGGCUCCGACCGAGUUAUCACCAAGUGGGGGUCAGCACAGAUUUGUCGCCUCCAUAUCUUCAAGCGUCAUGGCCUGUCGGCGCUUGUGAUGAAAUAAAACAAAACAUUAUUAUUUCGGUGAACUGUACACAUUAAAUAGAUAAUGGGCCAAAAUCUAACUUUGAAUCAUGUGACAAGGUUAGGAUGUGAAUUCUGUUCCGUCAGCACUAUUUUAUCAUGUAUGAUAUUUUCUCAUUCUUUCCCAGAACUUGUCUCUUUCCUUGUUUUGGAACUGAUGUUUUUUAUAUGGUUGCUUGACAGUAUGAGCCAGAGCUAUUUUCUGGUCUGAUUUCUCCUGGGUGUACUAUGCUUUCUAGUGUCUGAUCUGAUGGCAAGAAUAUUGUGUCGACGGUCAACCUGGACUGUAAAUUGGAUCUGAAAGCAAUAGCUCUCCAGGCACGCAAUGCAGAGUAUAACCGCAAGUGGACUCCUAGUAUUCGUCAGUUUCAUGAUGGACCAAGGAGAACCAGGCAAAGAUCUGCCGAUAUUGGAGCAGACGCGGGAGGCUGAUCCCCACGAGAUAGAGAGCUCCAAGAAGAUGGAGGCAACCACCGAGGCGACCCCAGAUAUUGAGAUGGUCAACGCCCCGUUUGAGGUUACAGCCCCCGUGGCACUGAAGGAGCAGUUUUCCCUCUUUGAGGAUGUGUCCCCCCCGGCUGAGCUGACCAAGAGCCCUGAUGUAGACAAGGAUUGUGUGGUUGUACAUGUCAUUUGCUAUGAGGCGGACGACCUGAAUAUACGCACUGGAAAAACAGAGUUCUUAGGCUGUUGGAUCCUGGUAGCCAUUUGCGGUUAUACCAAUGAAGAGUUGUAUUCCAGCCUCACUGUUGUCAGGCGUGUUGUCCAGGGUGUACUGAAGCACAAGAAGUUCAAAGCUACUCCUUCGUUUGUGAGGAAUACUGUUCUUGUCAAGCUUACACAGGAAGAUGACGUGGCAUGCCUCCACAAACAAGUUUAUCAGUGGCAAGGCCACAAGGUUGUCUUCAUGAAGGUUCACAGGAUUGAGCUGCUGCGGGACGUCCUCGAUGAUGUUCAUGGCAAGGUCCGUCUUGUGUCCAUCCCAAAUUAGAUCGAGGCAUGAAAUAGUUGCCCCAACUAGUGUUUAAUAAUAGUUUGAAUUGUGUCUAAUUAUCCGAACCUUGCCUGUUAUCGACCCCUCUAGGGCUAGUACUUUGUUUGAAUCCGUCUAUGGGAACUGCUGCUACUUUUGUGUGCCCGUGAAUCAUGUGAGAACCAUCGUAAU